CUAAUCUAAGGAAGCGCGCAAUCCAAACCCGCCUUCUCAACUCUUCGGAUGGAACGCUUGGGCAAACCCCUGUCUCUCUGACGUGCAUAUUCAAUCUACCCAGCAUGAACGGAAUGCAGAUUCUCUGUGGAUCGCCAUUCCCACUCGAGCGCUGGCCAGGGUAGCCGAAUGGACGUCUCGGCCUGUUUUGAAUAGGCCCAAGGCUUCUCACUGUGCCCGUCGAGUCUUCCCGGUACAUUUGUUUGCUUCGAGUUUCUCCGGUGGUGCAUAGCGUUCCCACAAGGGGCUUGUGCCUCACCUUGCUUACUCUUUUGACCUAUUCGGUCACCUGAACUCUAGGCGCGCAAUUAAUUUUGACCGCGAUGCUCCUGGUUCGUUGCGACAUAUGUCCUACGUCGGGAAGGUUCCAUUAGCCUAACUAGGUCUCCUACCAUCAAACUUCGCACUGGGCGAAUGUCGAUCCGAUGAGGUAUAAAUAUUCAACCAGACGGGGUUCUGGAGCUUCAGCGGCAAAGGCAAUCUUGACCACACUGAUACCUGACAGUGCAAGCCAUUCCACCUCAAAGCCAUGCUCCACUUGCUUAGCUUCGCAGUCGCUCUUCUCGCCUUCUUUGCUGGUGAUUCAGGCUUCACCUACAACCGGCUUGACAAAGACACCGCCGCUCUGCUGCUAGUGGACCACCAGUCCGGCCUCUUCCAGCUCGUGCACGACAUCGAACGCAUCCAGUUCCGGAACAACGUCUUCGCCUUAUCGAAGCUCGGUAACUUAUUCAACCUCACUACCAUCCUCUCCAGUUCGGCCCAGACUGGGCUGAACGGGCCGCUGCCCAGGCAGAUUUUGGAGGAUCACCCGAAUGCGACGUUUAUCCAGAGGCCUGGGCAGGUGAAUGCCUGGGAUAAUAAAGAUUUCAGAAACGCGGUCCAAGCGACGAAGAAGACGCAGCUGAUCGUUGCGGGCAUCACUACCGACGUGUGUGUCGCUUUCUUGGCACUGUCUCUUGCUCAGGAGGGAUACGAUGUCUUUGUCGUCCGCGACGCAUCCGGCACGUUUGACACUAUGACCGCCGAGCUAGCAUACGACCGCAUGCGCCAGGCACCCAACAUCCAGGUGCUCUCCUUGUUCGCCGUCACUUUCGAGCUCUUGCGCGACUGGCGCACGUACCCAGGCGCGGCCUAUUGGACCCAGUUUUUCACCCAGUACUGGACGGAGAUCGACAUGCUUUCAAGGAGCCACGACUUUGCGGCGAACAUCACCUCGUCCUAGGUCGAUGCUACAGGCAGUGUUCAACACGCUGUCGAGGAAGGCUCGGGCACAGCCCGAAUUCCCAUUAAUGAAGAAUUUCCCGUUGUAGUCAGUGUUUAUCAGGACGUUGAGGUAAUCGAUGUCAUAUGCCAUAACCGGGAGCUGUCACAUCAUCCU